AUGGAAAAAGGCUCUCAUUACGACCAACAGGGCAAUGAUUUGAACUCUUCGCACCUCCGACCACUUCUUGAGGCAUCUUUACAAUCGGCUAAGUUUUCCGUGCGGACAUUUCUCAUGCUUCACGAACAAGCAUCUUCAGUGCCUUUGUUUCCGUUCGGCCUUGAGAACCUCUUCUCGUCGGCUUUCGUUAUUGUCAUAGCAUACUUCAUUGACCCGUCACUGGUGAUGGACAUGCAGCAAUAUGUCAAUAAUGUCACUCACAUCUUGGUUGAUUUGGCUGGAAAAAAUAAUGCGACUGCAAAAAUCAGACAGAAGGAACUCCACAUUCUACAGGAAAUGCUCAAAGAGAUUACAGCAAGAGAAGGGAGGCAGAUAGAGUCGAACAAUUUGCUCACAGCAGAGAUGAGCAGCAGUUUGUCCAAUUUUACACCCUACAAUUCCGUCGAUGAAUGGGUCGGAACUAUGGAAGACAUCAGUCUUAGCCAUACACAGAUACUGAGUCUCGCACAGCAGUUGGAUGGUUUGGACGGGACCGAUCUGGAUAUGAAUCUUGGAUCUGGCGGCAAUGAUUUCUGGAUUUGA